CGCAUACACUCAUUAAACUACUUCAAUGGCUUCAUCGAUUGUUUCUCCAAUCUCAAUCUUACCCUCACAAAUCUCUACUUUCCCAUCGAUAUCCCUGUCGUCUCUGUCUCACUCUCAGAUCCAUCGGAGACAUCUCUCCCUCCUUGUCCGAGCCGGCCGACUGAAUCGUCGUCGAAAACGUCGGAAGCUUCCUGACACCGACAUGUCUGUUUCCGUUCCCGUUACGGCGCGCUCUCAUCGGCGCGACAGUAGCGAUGAGCCAUUGUUAGAUUUUCUAACUUCCAGUGCUGGAAACGACAAUAUCUUGACCACGGAAGUAGAAGGAGAGACGAGCUCUUCUAAUAAGCGCAAAGAAAGAUAUAGUAGUGACGCAGUGAAAUUCUUUGGAGUUGAUUUGUCGCCGGAUAACGUUGCAGUUGCUAUGGUGUAUUUUGUUCAAGGUGUUUUAGGCCUCGCGAGGCUGGCUGUCAGUUUUUACUUAAAAGAUGAUCUGCAUUUAGAUCCUGCAGAGACAGCUGUGAUAUCUGGCUUCUCAGCAUUGCCAUGGCUUAUCAAACCUCUUUAUGGAUUUAUUAGUGACUCUGUCCCACUCUUUGGUUAUCGAAGAAGGUCCUAUUUGGUUUUGUCAGGGCUUCUUGGUGCACUCUCCUGGAGUUUGAUGGCCACCUUUGUUGACAGCAAGUAUGAUGCUGCUUUCUGCAUACUUCUUGGAUCUCUUUCUGUUGCCUUUUCUGAUGUUGUUGUAGAUUCUAUGGUUGUAGAGAGAGCUCGUGGUGAGUCACAAAGCAUGUCAGGAUCUCUUCAAUCUCUAUGUUGGGGAUCAUCAGCUUUUGGUGGAAUCGUGAGUUCCUACUUUAGUGGUUCCCUGGUGGACGCUUAUGGUGUAAGGUAUGUUUUCGGUGUUACAGCAUUGCUACCACUAUUAACAUCUGCUGUUGCUGUUCUGGUGAAAGAACAGCGUGUUCUUAGUAACCCGAGAGGACAGAAUCUUCCUUUGGUGGCUGUUGGUUUUAUUGAAAGCUCAAAGCAGAGUAUCGUUCAGUUGUGGGGGGCUGUCAAAGAACCCAAUGUCUUUCUUCCAACAUUAUUCAUCUUCCUUUGGCAGGCAACGCCACAUUCAGACUCUGCCAUGUUUUACUUCACCACAAAUAAACUUGGAUUCACCCCGGAAUUUCUAGGGCGUGUCAAGCUUGUAACCUCCAUUGCAUCAUUACUUGGUGUUGGUCUGUAUAAUGGAUUCUUAAAAAAUGUUCCACUGCGUAAAAUAUUCUUAGCAACUACUGUGGCUGGUACAGCUCUGGGGAUGACUCAGGUUUUUCUCGUUACUGGAUUGAAUAGGAAGUUUGGCAUAAGUGAUGAAUGGUUUGCAAUUGGGGAUUCUUUGAUUUUGACAGUACUUGGUCAGGCUUCUUUCAUGCCUGUUCUUGUUCUGGCCGCUCGACUAUGCCCCGAGGGUAUGGAAGCAACACUAUUUGCAACCCUCAUGUCGAUAUCAAAUGGAGGAAGUGUCCUGGGAGGUCUUAUUGGUGCUGGUCUGACCCAGGUGUUUGGCAUCACCAAGGAUCGAUUUGACAACUUGGCCAUUUUGAUUGUUCUCUGCAAUCUGAGCUCAUUGUUGCCUUUGCCACUCCUUGGCCUCCUCCCCCCAGAUAAUAGUAGUUCUUCUGAUACAACAGUCUCCAAGGAGAGCGGAGAUAUUGAGAUGAAGUCGAAUUGAAUUCACGACCUUGUCCUACUAAUCUAGUAUUUACACGUUUCACCUUCCCAGUUAAUUUAACCUUUUCAAGCUCCCUCUUGACUUGAAAUACGUAAGCUUCUUUCCACACCUGUUAGUUACAGACAUGAAUGAGAGAUAAAGGUCUGGUAAAUAUCACUCGUUCUUUUUUUGACAUGGGAACUGCCAGUUUGCGUAAUAGCCCGCAAAAUCUCUAUGUUCUUUGUUGUAACGAAAAUGCAAGUAUCUCAAUAUUUUUUUUGUUGUUGAGAUGAACGUAUAUUAUCUAUGUGAAAUCGUGAGUCCCUCAUGGUCC